AGUGAGGCAGAGGUAGAGUAGGAGACGCAGGUCAGUCUGGCAGUGGCGGGCUGGUGUGCUAGACCCCGCCGUGCCGUGCUUUUCUCGCUCGGCUCACUCACAGACAUACACACACUCUCUUACUUUCUCAACCAGAAUCCUGGAGAGGGAGCAAGAGAGAGGGGUGGGCGAGACCUAAUAAGAAAGAUAAUAAGAGUGUAUACAAGUGCGUGCGAUUGUGAAGCAAUACGAUAUAGAGAAACUGAUAUAUUCGUAUAUAAACGGAAAAUAUAUUCAUGCAAGAGAGGAAGAGAAGGAAAUAUCUGCCAGAAGAUCAAGUUAUAGAAAGAAACGAAGAAAAGAAACAUAGAGAAAAGAAAGUAUAUAGUGAAUAAAAGGGAUAAGAAAUUUUACAAGAUCAACACAUCAAGAGAGAGAGAGAGAGAGAGAGAGAGAGAGAGAGAGAGAGAGAGAGAGAGAGAGAGAUACAAGUGAAAGGUUUGUUCUCGACCUGCGGCAGCAUUGAAGGCUCACCUGGACCUUGUCUCCGUCACAAGUCAUGGCAGUAGCAGCUUGGUUCGUCCUCUGCGGCACCUUGCUGGCAUCAUGUGCCGGAGUUGCUGGCGGCGUGACAGACGGAGGGGGCCUGGAGCUGCGGCUGACUGGGCGCGAGGUGCAGGAGGCGGUGGGCGAGGCGGUGGUGCUGGUGCGCGAGCAGAUUGAAGCAAUAGAACCUCACGUCUUCCAUAACGGAGGCAAGCUGGGCCCGGAUUCCGCCGCCUACCACUAUUACAGUCUCCUGGGCGGCACGCAAGACACGAGAACCAUCGCAGCCGUGGCCCUCAUCUCGCAGACAGCCACGCACAUCCUAGCCGUCAGACACAAUCUUACAGUGGGCCAGGUGUCUCUUGUAUUGCCUCAACAUGACACAAUGAAGACUGUGCUGGCUUCCUCCUGUCCCACGCCGCUGCCCCCCUCGUCGUGCCCGCCCUCAAGGUUCCGCACGCUCGACGGCACCUGCAACAACCCGGACCAGCCGAGGUGGGGCGCUGCCAACACCCCGUACCUCAGGCUGCUCCCCGCCUGGUAUGCUGACGGUGAAGUGUGUCCUCCCCAAGGGCGUUCGCUCUCCGGCCGUCCGCUGCCGCCAGCCUCCCUUGUGUCAGCCACUGCCCACGCUGGAGGGGUUCGAACCCACGCCCACGUCUCCCUGUUGGCAGCUGUGUGGGGACAGUACCUUGCCCACGAUCUCUCCCGACCCAUUGUUGGUGGAGGUGUGAGAGGGGAGAGGCUCCGGUGUUGCGGCCCCAGUGAGACCCACCCCGAGUGUUACCCCAUCACAGACCACGACAUCUGCUGGGAGUACGCUCGCACUGCCCCAGCCACCACCACCGACUGUGCUCUCGGAGUACGCGAACAGCUGAAUGGCGCCACGUCCUUCCUCGACGCCUCGGCAGUGUACGGAUCCUCCAAGCGGGAAAGUGACGCUCUCAGGCUCUUCGAGAAUGGUCAUCUCAAAACACAGGCGGAUUGGCUUCUGCCCCGUGCCACUUCUCACACCUGCAAAGACGCCAUGAUGUGCUUCCUUGGUGGUGAUCUGCGACUUAACCUCCACGCUGGCCUGGGAGCGCUGCAAACACUACUGGUUCACGAGCAUAAUCGCAUCGCCUCUGCACUGUCGGAGCUCAACCCGCAGUGGGGUGACGACACCAUCUUCGAGGAGUCACGAGCUAUUGUAUCGGCGCAGCUGCAACAUAUCACUUACAAGGAAUUCCUGCCAGUCUUUCUGGGAACUAGGGUGGUGGAGGAGAACGAGCUAACGCCUCUUGCCGCUGGUUUCUACCAUGGUUACGACAUCACUAUCGAGCCCGGCGUGUUCAACUCGGUGUCGACGGCGGUGCUGCAGUUGGUGCUGUCUCUGCUGCCGGACCAUUUCAACCUUGGUCACAGUCACGUUCCCCUGGCCAGCACAGCGCUCAACAUGUCGCUGCUGUACAAACCUGGUGCUUACGAGAUGCUGAUGCACGGUCUCAUAUCCACAAACUCGCUGACCUUUGACGCAGCUGUGAGCGGCUCAAUCCGGGGCUAUCUCGGCAACCUGGACCUUGUGGCGCGCGCUAUACAGGCUGGCAGAGACCAUGGCUUGCCACCUUACGUAGUGUGGCGUCCUCUGUGUGGUCGCCGACCUGCACAUUCUUUUGACGACCUCGCUGACACCAUGCACCCGGAACAAAUAGCACGCUUGCGGAACAUUUAUACCGAUGUGGCUGACAUUGAUCUAUUUACAGGCGUUAUCUCAGAACUGCCAGUGGAUGGGGCACUUGUGGGACCCACGGCGUCCUGCCUUCUUGCAUUGCAGUUCAAAGUAUUGCGCCAGACUGAUCGCUACUGGUAUGAAAAUGACUUGCCGCCAUCCGCCUUCAGCAAGGAGCAGCUCUUUGAACUCCGCAAGGCUUCCAUCGCUCGUCUUCUCUGUGACAAUGUGCCGGGCCUGGAUGGCGUGCCGCGCGCCACCUUCCUCGCCCGCGAUCAGUUCCUGAAUGCUCCCAUGUCUUGCCGCGACUUAGACCACGUAAAUUUGGGUGCAUGGAAGACCCGCGGCAAGGUGGUCGUGGCAGAGGACAUUCUACACAGCGUGGUUGAAAAGGGCAAGCAAGCGGUGGAGCGACGGCGCCAGAUGGAGAAGCGAAUCUUCGAGAAGGGUCUGGUAGCAGGCUCCAAGUCUCCCGUGGGCUCUGCCUAUGCUAAUAAUAAGCCCAAUCCGACUUCACUGAUACUGGCCAACACCUCAGUGCUGCUGGAGGCUACCAGUCAGGAGCUUGUCACCAUCAUGCAUGACCGCCGCGUGCGCAGGCAGAUCCAAGGCCUCGGCAAUGAGUUUGACUCUCUUGACCUCGAUUUAGAAUCCGUAGACAUCUCGGGGCUCGUGCCGCCCGCUCCACUUGUACGCACAUGUCGUGAAACCGAGGAGCACCGUGCUUGUGACGCCCGCAACCGUUACCGUACCAUCAGUGGCAACUGUAUCAAUCUGCGACGACCGGACUUUGGCCGCUCCAAUACGGUGUUCGCACGAAUGCUGCCUGCUGGCUACGACGAUGGCAUUUCGGCACCUCGAACCAGAUCGGUGUCUGGCGACUCGCUGCCAUCACCACGCACCAUCUCCACUACCAUUCACAAUGAUAUUUCGCACCCACAUGCCCGUUACACCCUCAUGGUGAUGCAAUUCGGGCAAUUCCUGGACCACGACAUCACCUUCACGCCUGUCAACAAGGGUUUCCAGAACUCCAUCCUAGAUUGCCGAGACUGCGAGGCUCAGCAGCGAGUUCAUCCUGAAUGCUGGCCCAUCCCCGUCCCAAUCCACGACCCUUACUACCCCGCCGUCAACAUCUCUUCCGGAAGGCCUUUCUGCAUCGCAUUCACCAGGUCCCUCCCAGGUCAACAGACUCUAGGACCCCGGGAGCAGAUCAACCAGAAUACUGCCUUCCUGGACGCAUCACAUAUUUACGGCCAGGAGCUGUGCGAGGGACGGGAACUGAGGGCAGACCAAACUGGAUUUCUUAACGUGACCAGACAUCCCAUUCGUGGAAAACCUCUCCUCCCACAAGAGACUGGCAACCCAGAAUGCAAGGCAGAUUCCGGAAGGUGCUUCAAGGCGGGGGAUUCCAGGUCAUCAGAGCAGCCUGGGCUUGCUGUCGUGCACACCAUCUGGAUGAGAGAACACAACAGGAUCGCCGAGGGACUGUCAGCGAUCAACGCCCACUGGGACGAUGAGCGCGUGUACCAGGAGGCUCGGCGCAUCGUCACCGCGGAGUGGCAACACGUGGUCUACAAUGAGUUCCUGCCGCGAGUCCUGGGCUGGAACGCGAUGCAGCUGUACUCGCUCAGACUCAAGACGGAAGGCUACUAUGGCGAAUAUGACGGUAAUUGCAAUCCUGGAAUCCUCAAUGAGUUCGCCACAGCCGCCUUCAGGUUCGGCCAUUCACUCAUUCGCAACUCACUACGACGCAUGGACUCCUCCUUCAGCAGCAAUCACGCUGGCGUCAGUCUGCGAAACACCUUCUUCAACCCUGACAUGCUCCUCGAGUUCCAGAUGAUUGAUGAGUUAGUGCGAGGCCUCAUCUCCACUCCCAUGGAAACCCUUGAUAACUUCCUGACGGAGGAGAUUACCAACCAUCUCUUCGAGGACGCUACGGUGCCUUUUCUCGGCCUCGAUCUGGCGGCGCUCAACAUUCAGAGAGGACGGGAACACGGCAUCAGGUCUUACAACGAGUACCGCGCCGUCUGCAACCUGAAGAGAGCGAGAACCUUCCAGGAUCUAAGCCGCGAGAUUAAGCCGGAAUUGAUUGACAAACUACAGCGGGUGUACCAGAGUGUAGACGACAUCGACUUGUUCACGGGCGGCCUGUGUGAGACACCCUUACAGGGAGGCAUCAUCGGGCCCACCUUCGGCUGUAUCAUUGGUCUCCAGUUCUCCUUCCUUAGAAAGUGCGACCGAUUCUGGUAUGAGACAUCCAACCCACACUUGCGCUUCAACGAGGAACAGCUUGCUGACAUCCGUAAGGUGACCAUGGCGUCUAUGAUCUGCCAGAAUUGCGACGUGGUGGAACAGAUCCAGAGAGGCGUCUUCGAUAUGCCCCACGACUUCCUGAAUCCUCGUGUGCCAUGUGCCGCCGUAUCCAACGUCAACCUACAGCUGUGGCGGGACACGAGCACUUGCGUCAUAGGGAACGAGGCAGUGGGGGUGGGUGUGGCGCGCACCCCCACGCCUUGCACACUCUGCACCUGCACGCCCUCAGGUCCUCAGUGCCAGACCCUCAAGGUCAACUGCUUCGAACUCCGCUCACGCUUUGGCCUUGAGGAGAUCCUCCGAGACAACGUGUGUCGGGCGCAGUGCGGGAACAUCCUGGAUCCUAACAGACCACCACAGCAACCUCAGCCGCAGCCGCAGCCACAGCCACAGCCACAGCCACAGCAACCACAGUCCAGACCCCCCGCAAAUAUCUUUAACGAAGGCCUCACUCCGCCACCACCACCACCUCCUCACCAACCACCUCCACCCCCCCCACAGUCUAUUCCACAGCGUCCCCGCCCCCCUCUGCCGCCAAUCCAGCCCUCGGGUCCAAUUUUCAGACCGCCACCUCCUCCACCACCGCAACAAAACCCCCUCAGAUUCCCCUUCCCAAUUCCGCCAUUCUUAAGAUCCUUAUUCAGUUAGGUUUAUAAUUUCAUUGGUCAUGCGGUAGGUUAAGGGAAGGCUGAGAGAGGAAUUUGUUUGUCUCUGCUUCCUAUCUUCUCUCUUCCUUCUCGUAAUUCCGUCUAUGGCAUGGUUGCCUUCCCUUUUUGCCCUUUAUCCCACUCCCUCCUCUCUCCUUUACGUUGAAUUGGCUGUUUUGUGAUUUUGUUAAGAGUUUUCUGAUUAUUAUUAUUAUAAUUAUUAUUAUUAUAUAUUAUUAUUAUUAUUAUUAUUAUUAUUAUUAUUGUUAUUAUUAUUAUUAUUAUUAUUAUCAUUAUUAUUAUUAUUAUUAUUAUUAUUAUUAUUAUUAUUAUUAUAGUUGGCGUGGAUGGCCGGCUAACUUUUUUUCUAUCUUUGAUAUCCGCGUUGAUACAUCCAAGAGACAGAGAACAAUACAGCUGUCAGCCCAUCACCUGGGAUGCGUUCACACCCAAGUAUUUCCUCUGAGCACCAUGAAGAUGAAAGAGAGAAAAGUGGCAGCCGCUGACCACUCAUGCACCUCCCAAUGAAAAUAAUAAUUUAACUUAUUGAUUUAGUUUUACGUGUUAUCGUCUUUUGUUGUGAAUAUUUAUGAGUCUAGUUGCUCCACCGAAUUACUGAUUAAGGAGGAUUUGUACCGCUCGUUGUGACAGCUUGUAGACAGUGGCGCUUGUAUGUGAGAGACUUGGCGGGGCCAGAAAAUGUCUCCUACAGUAACAUUGUGACAAUUCGGACAACUUUAGUAUUGCUUGAAAAAGUACUUGAGUGAUGUCCUGAACGCAUCCCUUUGUGGCGACUUCUACUACGGAACGAUUGCUCUUAAAAAGAUAAUCAGUUGCAAAUCCACUAUGAUUGUGCACUUUAUGUAGGAUUCACUUUCUAUGCGCAUUCCAAAAAAUAAUAAGUUUCGGGAGUAAUUUUUUCAUUGAACUAAUUUAUGCUUUCUCAGUUUGUUUCCUUCAGAAUUAUAUAAAUACUGUAUAGUUGUGUAAUAUUAUCCUAUUGUCCCGUUGAUCCCAGUCGCCAUAGCCGUCCUCGCCCCUGUGCAGUGCGGGGUGGGAUGCUGGAGUCCCCCCUCACGCCCUCGAAGGAAAACUGAGUGUGAUACCAUUCUCUUUUAUUCUUAGUAAUAAUAUAUAUAUUUUUAGUAGUCGUUAAGUUAAUUACAUACAUACAUAAAUACAUACAUGGCCUAAUCCUGUACGAACUGCCUUAGUCUUGUAUUUAGUCCACUUUACUAAGUUAUUUUUGUCGUAUAAGAGAGAGAGAGAGAGAGAGAGAGAGAGAGAGAGAGAGAGAGAGAGAGAGAGAGAGAGAGAGAGAGAGAGAGAGAGAGAUUGUUGAAAUUGUGAAUUCCGAUAUUACUUGUUUAUUAUUGUUAUUAUUAUUAUUAUUAUUAUUAUUAUUAUUAUUAUUAUCAUCACUGUUCACGCACAAAGAGACAGAGAUUACAUAACAAUAUUAUUCUUUUUUUUUUAUCUUAUUUCUGAACUUUAUUUUAUUUUUUUCUUUAAUGUAAGGGUAUCUUUAAGAGUAUGUAGGGUUCUCCUCCUCUUCCUCCUCCUCCUCCUCUUCUUAAGUUAUAAUAAUGUAUGUAUUGGUGUUCUGUGAUGCCUUCGUCUUCCUCUUCCUCUUUCCCCUCUCUCUUUUUCCUCUUGCUCAUCCUCAUUCUCUCCCACUUGGCCCUGUUUUCCCCCUCUUUCUUUCAUUUUUUUUUUCGCACUUAUUCUAUUCUUACAUCUCUCAGUUUUUUAUCCUCUCCUCUCCUUCAUUAUCAUCGCUUUUUUCCUCUUGCCCUUCUAUCUCUCCUUUCAUCCUCUUCUUUCCUCUUCUCUCUCAUCCAUUUUACAAUAUUCACUAUCUCUUUCCUUUCUUCAAGCUCCUUCUCUUUCAUCUUCCUCUUAUUUUCUUCCCACCCUGUCUCCCUAAACCUCCCUUCCCUCCCGUCUGUCCACCCCCACCCCCAGUCCACAAAGGCAACCUCGCACCAUCCUCCAUGUUGAUCUGUGUAUAAUUAUAUAGUAAGGGCGUUUGUCUGUCUCUAUUCACGUGUGUGUGUGUGUGUGUGUGUGUGUGUGUGUGUGUGUGUACAUAAUAUUAUUGGCGAGUUGGGAUGUGGUAACGAACUUGAGAGAGAGAGAGAGAGAGAGAGAGAGAGAGAGAGAGAGAGAGAGAGAGAGAGAGAGAGAGAGAGAGAGAGAGAGAGAGAGAGAGAGAGAGAGCAUGCUGUUUGGUUCCAAUGUUUUUUUUUUUUUUUAAUAUAGACCAUGAUUGAUGUUCUUGUUGUUGUUGUUAUGAUUAUUAUUAUUAUUAUUAUUAUUAUUAUUAUUAUUAUUAUUAUUAUUAGCUUUUCAUUAUCAUAUUCUUACAUUAUAUAUGGUGAGUGUAAUUCUCUCUCUCUCUCUCUCUCUCUCUCUCUCUCUCUCUCUCUCUCUCUCUCUCUCUCUCUCUCUCUCUCUCUGUAGCCUCAUCUCUUCGUCAAAGUCUGUGAUGCCCUCUGGUGACUGACAACUCCCUCACACCCUCCCUCGCUCUCUUUCCUCUCCCUCUGUCCUUCUUGCCUCAUAUAAAUUUUUCUUCUCCUAUAUCCUAGCUCCCCCCUCCUCCGUAUCUCAUGCUUUCUAUCAUCACCUCUCCCACCCCCUCCCUCUUCCCUUACUCUCCGUUCUUCUUCUCAUGAAUAUUAUCGACGCAAAAAUCUGCCAGUAUUAACGAUUAAACUCACAUGCUGUCGAAAUAAAGGUGUGAGUCGUUA